CGGGGAUCCCCAUGGACCAGAUGACAUGCCACUGCAGAUUGCAUCUAGCCUGCAGAUUGGAAACUGAGCACCCCUGGCUUUAGUAGUUUCCUUCUGGUCAGAAAAGGGGGAUUUUCUUGCCCUAGAUCUUGGUGGAUCCAAGUUUCGAGUCUUAAAGGUGAAAGUGUCUGAAGAUGGGAAGCAGAAUGUUCAAAUGGAGAGCCAGUUCUACCCAACCCCAAAGGAGAUCAUACAUGGGAAUGCGACAGAAGUAUGCAACCCACUUUGCUCUCUGGAAAUGUUUACUAUGUAGAAUAUAAUUGUUUUAAAUUACUUUUAUUUUCUUUGUUUGUGCAGCUGUUUGAUUAUGUAGCUGACUGUCUGGAAGACUUCAUGGAAAACAAAAACAUAAAACAUAAGAAAUUACCAAUUGGGUUUACAUUUUCUUUUCCCUGCAAACAAGCUAAGUUAGAUGAGGGUGUGCUGCUUUCUUGGACAAAACACUUCAAGGCACGAGGAGUUCAGGAGACGGAUGUGGUCAGUUCUCUGCGCAACGCCCUCAGGAAACAUAAGGAUGUUCAUGCAGAUGUUUUGGCACUGGUAAAUGACACGGUGGGAACUAUGAUGACCUGUGGAUAUGAUGAUCAGCGCUGUGAAGUUGGUGUCAUAAUUGGAACUGGCACCAAUGCCUGCUACAUGGAAGAAAUGAGUCACAUUGAUCUGGUGGAAGGUGAUGAGGGGAGGAUGUGCAUUAACACCGAGUGGGGAGCCUUUGGAGAUGACGGGUCAUUAGAAGACAUCAGAACUGAGUUUGACAGGGAAAUUGACUUGGGAUCUAUCAAUCCUGGAAAACAGCUGUUUGAGAAGAUGAUUAGUGGUUUGUAUUUAGGAGAACUUGUAAGACUCAUCCUUCUAAAAAUGGCAAAGGAAGGAUUACUCUUCAAUGGCGAGAUAGCCACUGCUCUCCGCACCAAAGGCAAGAUUGAGACAAAACAUGUAGCUGCUAUGGAAAAAUACAAAGAAGGUCUCAGCAACACUAAAGAGAUCCUAAUGGAGCUGGGUCUGUUUCCUUCUGAAGAAGAUUGUGUUGCUGUUCAGCAUGUCAGCACCAUUGUGUCAUUCCGCUCAGCAAACCUCUGUGCUGCUGCCUUAGCGGCAAUAUUGACACGUCUUCGAGAAAAUAAAAAGCUAAUGAGACUGAGAACUACUGUUGGCAUGGAUGGAACUUUGUAUAAAACACACCCUCAAUAUGCCAAACGUCUGCAUAAGGUUGUGAGGAGACUGGUCCCAAAUUGUGACGUUCGAUUUCUUCUCUCUGAGAGUGGCAGUGGGAAGGGGGCAGCGAUGGUAACGGCAGUUGCAUACAGACUAGCAUCUCAGCGUAAGCAAAUUGAUGAGAUUCUGGCAUCUUUUAAACUCUCCAAGGAAAAUCUUAGAGAAGUGAAAACUAAAAUGAGGGCAGAACUAGAAUAUGGCCUGAAGAAAGAAACACAACCCAAUGCCACAGUGAAAAUGUUACCAACUUAUGUCUGUGGAACACCAGAUGGGACAGAAAAAGGAAAAUUUCUUUCACUUGAUCUUGGUGGAACAAAUUUCAGAGUUCUGCUUGUGAAAAUUAGAAGUGGAAGAAGAAAAUCUGUGAGGAUGUACAAUAAAAUCUUUGCCAUUCCUCUGGAAAUCAUGCAAGGAACAGGAGAAGAGCUCUUUGAUCACAUUGUCCAGUGCAUAGCAGAUUUUUUGGAGUACAUGGGAAUUAAGGGUGCUCGACUUCCUUUGGGCUUUACGUUCUCUUUCCCCUGCAGGCAAGCUAGUAUUGAUAAGGGAACACUAGUGGGGUGGACAAAAGGUUUUAAGGCAACAGACUGUGAAGGGGAGGAUGUUGUUGACAUGUUAAGAGAAGCUAUUAAACGAAGAAAUGAGUUUGACCUGGAUAUUGUAGCAGUGGUAAACGACACCGUUGGGACAAUGAUGACAUGUGGCUAUGAGGAUCCAAACUGUGAAAUUGGCCUUAUUGCAGGAACAGGCAGCAAUGUGUGUUAUAUGGAAGAUAUGAAGAAUAUAGAAGUUGUGGAAGGGAAUGAAGGAAAAAUGUGUAUUAACACAGAGUGGGGAGGUUUUGGUGACAAUGGGUGCAUUGAUAAUAUCAGAACAAAAUAUGACAAAGAAGUGGAUGAAGGUUCAUUAAAUCCUGGGAAACAAAGAUAUGAAAAAAUGACCAGUGGAAUGUAUUUGGGUGAAAUAGUGAGGCAAAUUCUGAUCGACUUAACAAAGCAUGGACUUCUGUUUAGAGGUCAGAUUUCAGAGACGCUCAGGACAAGAGGAAUAUUUGAAACAAAAUUCCUGUCUCAGAUUGAAAGUGACCGGCUAGCUCUUCUUCAGGUCAGAAGAAUUCUGCAGCAACUUGGACUGGACAGCACUUGUGACGACAGCAUUAUUGUGAAGGAGGUGUGUGGUGCUGUUUCAAGGAGAGCAGCCCAACUCUGUGGGGCAGGACUGGCUGCGGUAGUAGAGAAGAAGAGAGAAAACAGAGGUGUAGAGCACUUGAAAAUCACUGUUGGAGUGGAUGGGACUUUAUACAAGUUACAUCCACAUUUUUCUAGGAUCUUACGGGAAAUGGUGAAAGAGCUGGCACCUCAGUGUGACGUGACUUUUAUGCUGUCUGAAGAUGGGAGUGGGAAGGGAGCUGCCCUCAUUACUGCUGUUGCAAAAAGAUUGCAUAGUAUUGGAGAAAAUUAAAGGAAAGUCAUGUUUAAUUAGACCUGUACAUGUGUAUUAGAGACUGGCUGAAUGAUCACACAAAAUAACUUGGCCACAGACCAAUAGGAAGCACCUGUUAUUUUGGUAGCAGCCAAACUUUGAACAGUCAUUAAUGUUGCUAUAAUUUGGUUUGUGCGUUUCUGUUGAUAGUUUGCACUAUGUUGGGAUACAGCAAAAAUAGUCAGCAUUUCAAUAUCGCAUAAUACAAUACCACAAGCCAUAUUAAUGUAAUAUUUUUCCAAACUCAUUUUCAAAAUGCUAAAACCACUGCUCCCACAAAUGUUACCAUGUUGUGAAUUUUCCAUUGCUUUUCAGUAUUAUUAUUCCUUUAAUCAUUGCAUGGUCUGACUCAGUGGAUAUCAAGAUCUUAGUGUAGCACAUCUCUAGUAAGCAUGUUUCUUCUGUGUUCCAGUAUAUUUUAUAAUACAUCUGUAAAAUGGAAUAAAUUAAUGGACCUUUUUAUAUUAAAGUUGUAUUACUUUUUUUCAUUAUAUUGUUUAUAAAACUGCACUUACAUUGGACAUGGUUAGCAGCUGGGUGUAAUGGACAAAAGCAGAUUCCUCAAAAUAUAUUUAAUGCAUAAGUAAGGCGGAUGACAAAACUGGUGCACCUGCUGCGUACAUUGGCAGAUGGUCAUUUUAUACAGUAUCUUUCUGUGAGAAAUAGGCAGCAAUGUGUGGCAAUUUCCAGAUGCCCAGAAAAUAAUCAGCAUGUUGGGGUGUGACUGAAAAAUUGCAUCCUGAUUUAGUAAUUCCAAAAUGAGAGUUGUGGAACGAUAGUAUGACACAAAAGGAGAAUAUCUGUUCCACACUCAGUUACUUCCCUGUUCUUUUACUACUCCUUUCACAUACAUUCCUGUGCCAUUGAGCUGGGAAUAGGGCACUGGGCUGUAACAGACAUGGUAUAGGACCUUGGAUGUGUCAGUAAUGACUGUCAUGCACUGUAUUAAAUAAUUGGCUUUGUGCUAACGGUAAUAGAAAGUCUGAAGUAAGAUUGAAGAGUUAAAUUUAGCACCAGUGAAUUCAGUUUUAAGGUAUAUGCCUGAUUUAUAUUUUCAC